GCCCUGGAAGAGAGGUUCCGGGGUUGGCCGGGGCUGGCGGCGGCGGGAUGGAGAGCGGGGCCGAGGACGCGGGGCUGAGCCGCCGCCCGGUGCUGGCCUCCUCCUGGGACGCCGCCUGCGGAGCCCUGGCCCAGAGCCUCCGCCUCACCCGCGCUGACCUCGGCGCCCGGGAGCUGGACUGGGACGAGCUGCUGGCGCCGCCUGCCGCGGGCCGAGAGCUGGUGGUUUUGAGGACAAGCCCGAGCAGCCCUGACGAAAAGCCCUGCUUCCUUUACCUGAGAUGUGACCCUAAAGCAGGUGAAGAAAUCGCUUCUGUUGGCGUCUUGAGUUCAGCGAGAAACAUGGAAGUGUACGUGGGAGAGGAGUACUGUGGCACCAGCAGGGGCAAGAGUGUGUGCGGUGACCUGGGCGGCAGUGAAGAUGAAAAGAUUAUUUUGUACAAGAAAUACCUAACAUUGGAGUCCUCCGUACAUUCUUGUAAAAUAAAGUUGCUCUCCUUUGGUGAAAAGCAGUGUGUGUUCAUCAGUAAAGUUGUGGUACAAUUGAGGCGGGUUUCAGCAAAUUCUUCAACAAGCUCUCCUGCUCUAGGAUCAAGGAUAGACCUGCAGAGGGUCCAGACUCUCAUGGAGGCUAUGGGGUCAAAGUUGUCACCUGGCGCUCAGCAAUUGAUGAAUAUGGUUCGAUUUCAGCAGCAGAAUUGUGUUCCCAUUGGAGAGCAGCUUCAGUCGGUUUUGGGAAAUCCUGGUUACAAACGUAUGAUGGACCUGCAGUCGUCAUCUGCUUCAGGAACCUUGGACAAGUCACCCUCCACGCCUUUCCCUUUUAGAACUGGAUUGACAUCCGGAUCCCUGGCUGAAGACUUAAAAGCUUAUAUUGAUAAAAGUCUGCAGCCACUUGGUGGAGGAAACAUGACAGACCUCAAAGAUUAUAACGUGGUGCCACAAAACCAUUCUCUUCUUGAGAAUGACCUCAGAAGUGCAGUUUCUUCUUUCCUACCGAAGAAAGCAAGUGAUCACUCAACUCUACCUAACUCUGAGUUGCCGCCUUUUCUCCAGAAUCUGUGUAGUCAAGUUAACCAUCUCCGUGUGGGACAUAACACCAAGUGGCAGGAAAGCAUCACUAAGGCCAGUGAAGGCGUUGUUGGUGCUGGAACGGAAGAGCAACCUGUGUGUUCCUACUUAGAAAAGAUUCUCACUAAAAACUUGGAACUGAUGGAAAAGAGACUCGUGGACUACGUCGACCAGCGACUGUGUAAACUCCAAGAGCACAUGGACGCCAAGAUUGCUCUGUUAAUGGACCUGCUGCAGAGCCCCUACUCCCCACCCCCGGGGACCGCCCUCAGACCCUGUGACUCUGGAGAAAGACUUUCAAAUGGAGAAAGAUAAGUGCUCAACCUGUACGGUGCGCUACAGAUAUUUAUUACGUAUUUAUUGCAAAGCCUAAACCCCCAAGGUUCAAAGCAAGUAUUUCAUGUCAUUUGAGGAUCAUCCUCUCCCUUCCAUCAAGUGACCUCCGUGUUCAUUUGAACUCUACUUGUUACUGUAAAUCCAGUACUGUGCACUAGGAUUAAUGGGAUAGGGUCACCUACUAUUUUUGUUUGCAAUACUGUUUACUCUUACAGAAAUUUUUGUGUAUUUCUGGGUUAAGUGUUUGAAAAUGUUAAAGAUUUUUAAUGCAAUUCCUAAGUGUGUGUUAUAGAAUGUGUUUGAUAGAAGUACAUUUUUUAUUUAUAAAGAGGUUUAUUUUAUAGUCUUAGGAGUAUGAAAAAUAAUGCGUAGAGUAUGGAUAAUUUUUCUUUUUGUAAUUGAUUUUUAAUGAAGCGUUGGAUACCUGAGGCUUAAAAACCUUUCACAGAGAUCACUAAUUUACCUUUUGUAUCAUUUAAUCUCAGAUAAUGAAUAAUAUGCAAUGUUUGAGGUGUGUGUGGACACCAGGGCCACUAUUAGUGUCAGUACAGGGUAGCAGUCAGUUGGAUAGUAAAAAUCAAAACUGACCUAUUCCUCGUUGGAAUUAGUACUUUAGUAUUUGAUGUAAAAUGGGAGAAUUCAGCUUUUAUCUCAGUAAACACAAGUUUAAGGAACACUCCUUUUCUGAGCUGCUACAGGUUCUUUCCAGAGCCCUUCUCUGUUAGGUUUCAAGUGUGAAGUGCUGUGGUUGUGCACGGAUUGAUGAGGGCUGGAAAUCAAGAUUGCACUUCUCUCCAGCAGGUGUAAUUUCCCGAAAUUAGAACUAUUGUGUGUAUGUCGAAGAGUAAUCUAUUUGCACUUAAUAAACGUAUCCACUUUGGAAACCA